AUGGAAGGGAGACGCUCUUCAACACUCCCUGGAGGGUCUCGUCGGGGACAGCUUUCAGGGUAUCUCCCCAUCGAGGACUAUGGAAUGAUUGGCAAUAUGCACACUUGUGCACUUGUGGGAAUUGAUGGAAGUAUUGACUAUAUGUGCUGGCCCGACUUUGACUCUCCUUCUGUCUUUUGCCGCUUGCUCGACAAGAACAAGGGCGGCCAUUUCUUCAUCUCGCCUCCUCCAGACGUCAACUGUACCACUAAACAGCAGUAUUUGCCUUCAUCAUGUAUUCUCCAAACACGGUCCAUUCACGAAGAUGGUGUCGUUGACGUUGUCGACUUUUUCCCUCGCCCCAAGAGCACUCAGGUUACCACUAAAGGCGUCAAGCUUAACGCGUAUCGAGAGGCUACCAAAGUCCAGGAUGAACUUAAGAAAUGGCUUGUUCGUCGUGUUGAGUGUAUUCGUGGCUCAAUGAGGCUUGAUGAGCAUGAGACGACUCUUUACCAAGCCCACCACUCGACAACUGACGCCAUGAGCAAAGUCGCUACUUUCCGCAGCAAAGACGUCCAACUUCAACUCGACGUUGCGGUUGACAAGGGAGAGAACGAAACAAGCUGUCCCUCCAUAACCUUUAGAAAGGAAAAGCGUGAGGGCAUUCACGGCGAGGGCCUGGUAGCUCAAAUCUGCAUUGAAGAAGGCCAGACCAUUUCAUUUGUUCUUCGCAAUGAUCUCCAGCAGCACGUCACUGAGCAUAUCACGACUGAAGUUUUGGAUGCCCAACAGCAUGCGACUCAGAGCUUUUGGUACAACUUUAUUGCGCAGUCCAAGUACAAGGGUCGCUGGAGGGAGGUUGUGUCUCGGAGUUUAAUGAUUCUCAAGAUGAUGACAUACGAACCCACUGGUGCCAUCAUCGCUGCUCCUACCUUCUCUAUUCCUGAAGCUAUCGGUGGUGUGCGAAACUGGGACUACCGCUAUUCUUGGAUCCGAGAUUCUAGUUUUACCAUUUACAUUUUGCUGCGUCUUGGCUUCAAGGCAGAAGCUGACGCUUACAUGGAGUUCAUCAUGGAGCGGUUUGUGCACUCGCGCGGCCCGGACGGUGGAUUGCCUAUCAUGUUUACCAUCCGUGGUGAAACCGACAUCCCAGAAAUGACAUUGGAUCACCUUGAAGGAUAUCGCGGAAGCAGUCCUGUUCGUAUUGGCAACGGCGCGGCGUUUCACCAGCAAUUUGACAUUUAUGGCGAGCUGAUGGAUGCAAUUUACUUGUAUAAUAAGUAUGGAAAGCCGGUCCCCUGGGAUGUGUGGAAGGCUGUGCGUGAGAUUCUUGACUAUGUUUUGACCAUCCUCGAUGAUCCUGACAUGUCUAUUUGGGAGGUUCGCAAUAACAAGCAGCACUUCACCUACUCCCAGAUUAUGCUCUGGGUUGCAUUAGACCGAGGCCUUCGUCUUGCAGAGAAGAGAUGCUUCCCCUGCCCCAACCGCAAUAAAUGGAUGGAGGCAAGAGACCGAGUCUAUGAGCGUGUCAUGGAGAACGGCUACAACGAGGAGAUGAAGUGCUUCGUGCAGAGUUUCGAGAACAGAACAAUGCUCGAUUCAUCUAUUUUGAUCGCUCCUCUUGUCUUCUUCAUCUCACCCUGCGACCCACGCUUCCUUAACACUCUCGAUCGUGUUCUUCUACCCCCUGAGAAAGGAGGUCUGACAAGCACGGGCUUAGUAUACCGCUACGACACCGAGCUCUCCAACGAUGGGGUAGGUGGGGAAGAAGGCGCAUUCAGUAUGUGCACGUUCUGGCUGGUCGAGGCCAUGACCCGAGCAGCUGUGUACGAGCCAAAGUAUCUGGUCCGGGCCGUCAAUUUGUUUGAGAACAUGCUUGGUUUCUCUAAUCAUCUAUGCAUGUUCUCUGAGGAGAUCGCACGAAGUGGCGAGCAGCUUGGUAACACACCCCAGGCUUUCAGUCAUCUCGCCUUGAUCAGUGCGGCUUUCAACCUUGAUCGUGUCGCAAAGUGA